AGAGUGAGCAGUGCUGUGUGGUAGAAGAACAGGAUGCAGUAGUGAAGCGUGCUGUGUGUUGUGUUGUGUUUUCACAGUGAAUCUACAGGGUUAUAACUGCAGUAUAAAGACCUCCAGAGCUGCACGUCCUUUCACACUGUUCCUCCUCCGGGUCUGUGUGUAAGAUCAGAGAUGUUCCCAGAGCUGAACAGCAUCCUCAGCAGCAGCCCGGAGAACUUCACAGAGGGAGAGUUCAUCCUGCUGUCUGACCGACAGGCCGACGCCUCCUUCCUCAUUCAUCACUACCUCACCUUCUACCUGCGGGCUCGGUGCAGAGUGUGUUUUCUGGGUCUGGUUCAGUCCUUCAGUCAUUACAGCGUCGUCAGCCAGAGACUGGGGGUGAAUCUGACCCAGGCGAAGGAGAAAGGUCAGCUGGUGUUUCUGGAAGCUCUGAAAGCGUCUCCUGGAGUUCUGCUCGGUGAUGAAUCCAGUGAUAAAACUGCUGCUUUAGAUUAUCUCAGGUCUCCGUGUCCCGAGCUGAGGGGGCUGUAUGAGUUUGUGUGGAAUUCGUUGAGUCGGGCUGGAGGUGAAGACGCCGCUGAGUCCUGGGGUCCUCCUGUCCUGAUCAUAGACGACCUGAGCGUCCUGCUGAGCUUAGGGGUCAGCGCUGGAGCCAUACUGGACUUCACCCACUACUGCCAAGCCACCAUCUGCUCCCAGUUACAGGGCUCUAUGAUAGCUCUGGUGAGGUGUGAUGAUGAGGAGUAUGAUGAAGAUGAGGAGAGCUCCAACUAUCUCCUAAAGGCUCUCAGUCAUCAGUGCAGCCUGUCUCUGCGGGUGGAGGGGCUGUCCACCGGCUACUGCAGGGACAUCCACGGACAGGUGGAGAUCUGGUGGCGAGGAAGAGGAAUGAAGAACCAGCGCAAGAUAUUUCAGUACAAAGUUCACGACAAGGGGGCGUCAUUCUUCGCUCCAGGAACUUCUAGAGCAGUUCUUUAACCGCUGCCAAAUAAAACUAUACUUUGGGAGUUUUUUUUUAAUCCAGGUUAUAUAGAUGUACCACAUCCAACACACCCCGCUGUAAUGUUCACACGUCUUUUUGAAGGACAGAAACCUUUGGACACAGAUGCAGAGUGUAGAAUGGACUAAUGGAGAGAGCAGCAGUGGUCUGGAUCUAUUUGUAAAUGCUUUAUAAGUCUAUGUUCAGACAGCAGGUUAAAUUUGCCCAAGUUCUAUAUUGCAUUGUAGAUUAAUGCAAAAAAAAUGAAA